AUGACGACCGUCUACCAGGACAUUUGCGUCGAAUUGUUGCGGAAGGACCUGUGUCGGAGGGAAAAGAAGAUGGAUGACAAAGUUGUGACGGGACAGAAGGCGAACGAGAUGUCAAGUUCUGACCUAGAAGAUACAAUGCGCGAGGAACUCAAUAUUCUCGAAGGUCUGGCGUUUCAUGGGAUGCACAACAACAUCAUCGAGUUUGAUUCCAGGACCCGAGGGGGAAUCCAUCAACAUCUCAAGAACGACGAUAUCCCUGUCCCGAAGCUUCUUGACAGCGUGAUCAAAGAGCUAAGUUUUCUACGUACGUCAGACGGGGACGGCGAUGUUGGGAAACAAAGCUUCCAUUUCCUUCACUUGAGCAUUCAGGAAUUCUUCGCGGCCCGUUAUUUUGCAAAGCAAUGGACUAAACAGGACCCGAUCUCCAUGUUCGAAGCAAAGGAACAAAAGAAGAGCAAGGUAUCUCUCCGGAGCUUCAUGAAUCGAGAAAAAUACAGCGUCCGCUACGAGAUAUUCUGGCGGUUUGUGGCCGGUCUUUUGCACAUCCAAGGGACUGAUCCGAGGGAAAACCAACAGGUCUUGAGCCACUUCUUCAAGGAAAUGGAGCAGGGAGCCCAGGAUCUGUUAGGUCCGACUCAUCUACGUCUUCUUAUGCGCUGUUGGAAUGAAGUGCCUGUCGGCCUGACAUUGCAGCGUCAUGAACUACACAAACAGCUCGCCUCCAGGGUCAUUUUCGAGUAUGAUAUACAUCGUGAAAGUGAACUGGCGGAAGAGAAAGAAUUUCCAGAUGAAAUUCUUCAUUCUUUGUUACAGGAUCAACCCUAUAAUAUGAGAAAUCGAGUCCUAAAUUCAGUCCUGGUACGCUCAAGGACCACCGAACAACUUACCGACUGGAUUGCCUCCUGGAUGCACCAAGAUCUGGAUCAGGCAUCUCUCUCAAAUUAUAUUGUGAAUCUACUCAAUAACUGCCAUUUCCUGUCCCAAAGAUCUUCCAAUUUCCUCCUCACGUGUCUUCUAGAUAAUAGUACAAUGGCCUAUUUGAAGGAGCCUCGCCAUUGGAGGAUGAAACCUUUGACCCAGAAUCUUCUUCAGACAGUGAUCAAACAUCUGGAUGAUGAGUCGGCUCAAGUCAGGAUGGCAGCCCUUGAUUUGCUAUCUUCCCAACCACCUUUUACUCUGCAGACAAUUAUCGAUCCAAUAUCUUGUCGACUAUUAGACUCAGAUCCAAAGAUUAGAGAAAAAGCCUCGAAAUUCCUACAAGACCUGGAACUACCUCUGCAGGUAUCCCAAUUGCUUGCUGGGAUGACAGAGAAGGAGGAUGGUCGACGGACUAACGCCGAUACCCAACUGGGAAAACAAACGCCCGAGUUAGAAGAGAUCCUGCUCUACACUGUGUCUUUACUGAACCAUGAAAACUAUAACGUGAGACAGAAAGCCGCAUCAACACUACGUCAGCAGACCAGCUUAUCUUCCAGUAUCACUAAGCGUCUCAUCCGGAAGCUGGGGGAUUUUGACGAUGACGUACUUGACGAUAUCGCAGCUAUGAUUUCUUGUUCUUCUCCAGAACUUGUGAAUCUUGCUGGGAAUAGGUUGAAUGAGCCUAAACCAGUAGUACAGAGACAGGUUGCUUUUGUUCUGGGUUUUGUACCCAAUCUAUCCCAGGAGAUUGUGGAUAUGAUGGCAGCGCAGCUUGAUACGGAGCCUGCUUUGAGAAAAGAGGUCAUUAUAGGCCUAGGAAAGCAAUCGAAGCUGUCACAAUCUAUUCUGGAUCGUUUCGAAGAAAUCAUGCGGCAAGAUAGUGAUGGAGAGAUUAAGGGAGAAGUAAUAUCCGCAUUAGCCAAGCACGGCGCCAUAUCCAUAAAUUCUCUAGCAAUUCUCCUGAAAGAUCCUGCUUGCAAUGUCAAGAUCGAGGCGGCAAAAGCUCUAGACAGGCAUUCAGACCUGCCGCACGACGCUCUCAAUGCUCUACUCGAUCAACUUCAAGAUGAAAAUGAGGAAGUCAGGAAGCAGGCAGCAUAUGCUCUACAAAGACCUUUGCCACCAGAGCUGGUUGACCGGCUGGUUGGAUGCCUAUCAUUAGAGGAGGAGGCGGUCACUGUCGAGCACAUUCUAGGAAUUCUUCAAUACCAGCAUCUAUCACUAGAGGCGUUGAGCUCAGUGUGGUCAAUGACUCGCCAUGAAUAUAAAAAUGACUUGAUGGAACUGUUACGUCAGCAGGCGGGCUUACCCAUAGAUAUUCUUGACUCUCUUGUGCAGAGCUUGAGACAUCAUACUGGGCGAAUAAGGUCCACUUUCAUUAACAUAAUACUGUCACGUCAAUCAUCACUAUCAAGUACGACUCAUUACAAUCUGACUAAGGUUUUUCGAAGAGCGCCCUGUGAGGCCUCGUGGGUUCUACGCUCACAGGAAGCUCUUCCCGAUGAGAUCAUCAAUGUGCUUAUGCCGAUGCUGAGUUUAGACGAAGAACGGAGAUUUUACACGAUGAAUGUGUUAGAAAGACACGAGAAUUUCUACCACCGACUGCCACAUAUGCCUUGGCGAGUGAUCUAUUACUUUUAUGAGCACAUGUUGAAGGAAAGGUCCAGCAGCAGAUAUAUCUUUUACUUUCGUGCUCAACACUUUGUCGUCGAUUUUCCCGAAUUGCAAAUGGAGAUGCCAAUCAGCUUUUAUCACAGAAUCAAGCUGGAGCUGAUCUUCCGACUAUCUUGGGUUGUAUUAAUGAAGAAACAAGAGAUCAAAGAGAUCAGAAGUUGGCUUGAUAGAGUUGCUGCAUGGGUGGGGAAUCCCAAAUUUUGGUUCUUUCUCGUGUUUCCCAUAUUUUUGUCUUUUUUCUGGCCGAGGUAA